CUCAUUCACCAUCCAACCCACCAACAUAACUCUCCAUUUCACAAGAAAGGAAACGGCCAGCUCAUUUUUCCUCACGAUCUUUUUCCUCAUCAAAAGUCGACAAGGGCAGCAGGAUAAAUUCGUGGUAAAGGGCAACAAAGGCACAAAAUUGACUUGUUAAGGUGACCUCCAAGGACGUGCCGUAAACAGUCAAUGAUGGAAAUGUCCGAACAAGAUGAACAACUCCACGUUGAAUCGCACGAGUCGUCCACCCAAAUGAUAACGGUGACCCUCACGCCACAUGGAGAGUUCAACUUGGAGCAGCAAGAGCAACCGGAACCUAUGCCCUACUCGUCUGCACAUCAGCCAGGUCCAAAUCAACAGUAUAUUAUUCCUGAUGAGUCCAUGCGAACAGAUCCUGUCCUACCUCAAAUUCCAUUCUCUUUUCCAGGGCAAACUUUCGACACCAAGUGUCAAAAGCUAAUUCUGAAUGUGUGGGAUUUUUUUAAACGCGUAAAGAAAAAUCCGGACAUAAUGGAAGAGAUACGGACACCACAGGAACGAGCCGCGGCAGCUCUCCAUAUUUCGGCCGCUACAAUAGGCAAGAUUGGGAAAAACUUUAAGAAAACUGGAAAACUAGAGACACCCGGAGCACAGAGGAAAAGGCAACGACCUGUUGUAGAUUCCAUCUCUUCAGAAGACGAAGAAGUUAUUCGAGAAAUUAUUAUGGAAAUGAGGAAUCAAAAAAUUACUCCUACACUCCCAUCCGUUUUGGCUGAGGCUAGACAACGACUUAAUUUCAAUGGAGGGGCCACCAGUUUUCGAAGAAUUUUGGCCAGAAUGGGGUUUAAAAACCUGUCGCAGAAAGGAAAUCCAGUCAAAAGCAGUCCCUCCAUGAGCGGAAACGAAACGCUCAGCACAAACACAAUGUCGUUCUCUACCAUGAAAGUUAUAAAGAAAGAACCAGUGGAAAAUUCGCCUACGAAUCUUAUUUCUAUCGACCAAGGCCAAAAUUCAAACACAAAUACACUAAGCAGGCUACAAACUGGAAACAUUAUCCAAAUCCCGACUGGACAAAUAUUGGCCCAAACCGAAGGUGGUGGCACGACACUUAUCAAUGGUGGGCAAGGGUUACAACCAGGGCACACAAUUUAUAUCCAAGGUGCCGAUAAUACCAUUCGUCCAGUUCAGUUAAUCUUUACUCCUGCAAAUCUCACUUAGAAUUUGUUUUACUUUACUGUAAAUCGUAUGCGCAGUGUAAGUAUUAAGCUAACAUUUAUAUAGUUAUAUUAUUGAUUAACAUUUUUGCAGUGUUAUAUUUUCAUGAGUGUAUUUUUGUACGUACAUAUAUUUGUAAAUAUGUCCAGUAGUAACUCUGUUAAAAUUAUUUUAAAAAACUUUAUUGUGUUUUACUAUUACGUGCUUUUAUCAUUUAUAAGUUGAUAUUAAUUAAACAUGAAGUUAAUUGUCGUAAAAAUCAUAGAUUUGCGUAACAGGUAUCUGCCUAUUUAUUUACUUAAGAGGAAAUGCAUAUACAAAUCACAAAUAUAAAUAUCUGUUCCCCUCAAAACUUUAAAAA